AUGCCUCUCUUUCCUUCGGUCUACGCUGAGAGUAUGGAGGAGCGCGUCACGCAGUGGACACCUCAGGGCCAUGGCAGUCGGACCAAGGACACGCUGGCAGACGACGACCUAUUAGCGAAGCUAUCUGUGGCUGUCGACGAAGAAGAUGAAGAGGUCUCGCGCAUUGUGCCUGGAUCCACUCCAAGCACGGCUACAUCCACCCCAACGCCCCCCUAUCACAGUGCUGGACCGAAGCAGCGCGCGAAGUCGAGCAUGACCAUGGCACCAACUGCCGAAGAAACAGCUCCAGACGACCAUCCCACCCGCCCAGAUUCGGUAUGUGGUGUUGCCAGCGCACGUGGGCCAGGCAGUGCGAAUGUUCGUUGGCGCAUGGCCUCUGACAAUCAGCGCCCUGCCUCGUCUGCGUACUCUGCGCGAGCGCCACGAAAAGUCAAUGGGAAGAACGCUUUGCCACCGAUGAGCUCUACUUCUCCAAAGGGUGAAGCGCGUGCGACACUUGCAAAACCACAAGACACAACCACACAGUCCACGGUCUCCAAGUCCUCCCAGUCCUCCCAGGCAUCUCCUGUAGUUCAGCCGUCGAAAAGACGGCACCAGCCACAGCCCUCCCAACAGUCAAACAGCAGCGCUUCCUCCUCGGAGGGUCAGCACAAGAAGCCACAGCAUCUGCCCCAGGACCCCGCCUUGCAAGCAGUGGCACGACAGCUGAACAAAGCCUUGGUGGCCCACGCUCAGAAGCGGCAGUCGGAUGGGCCACCCAGCUGGGCGCGAUUCUUUAUGGAGGCUGACGCGGAUGGGAGUGGCAUGAUCUCCUUUGAGGAGCUGGACAUUGCGGGCCUAGGCCAGAUGGUCCUCAUUGAGGAGCAUGAGGACCCAGAGCUUCCGAUGCCCGCCACCUUGCAUCAGCUGAUCAGCUCCGACGACGACGGCGACGGCAGACCCGAAAGAGAUGAGCAGCCACAGGCCAACGCAACCGCUCAAGAAGGUGCCCUCGCUGAGCUACAGCCCGAGGCCUUCUGUCACAGUGAAGAGCUUCGACACGCGCUGGACCACCUGGCACGAGCCCAACGGGUCCUUUGCACGAUUACCUCAGACGUUGUUGUGGAUGGUCUAGAACGUCUGCAUGCGGUGAAGCGGACGCUCCAGGAAGACCUCGAGAUGGCAACCUCCGGCACAGUCAACGAGCGAUUGCAGGUCCUUCUGAAGUUGCACGCCCAGGCACUCGAAGAGUGCAGAUGCGCAGACGAAAAGUGCGAGGCAGAGCAACCAGAGAUAUUGAUGUUGCGGAGAAGCAUCGCCGAAACCAGCCGUCGAAUGCCCAGGAUCAAAGAAAAUCCUGACGAUGAGACAUCUCCUCCGCAGGAUGAAGCACCUGAGCAUUCUGCAGUGCCGAGGUCUGGCCGCCUUGCAGCUCUGCAACAGGCCCUGGCGCUCCGAUCAAGGCAGGCGCAGAUCGCUAAAGGAUCCCUCCUUUCAGAGGACAAGCUCCUCUCUGCAGAACUGAAUGUUGCAAAGAAUGCGUUGAAGGAGGCCGUCAUGGAGGGUCAGCGUCUCGAAGAAAUGAAAGACGAAGCGGAAGCAGAGGUCUUUCGGGCUUGCCGGGCGCUCGCCAGCGUAGAAGACAAAGGCGAAGGCGAUGGUGAGUCAGUGAAGAACAUUCGGCAAACUGCGUAUCAGAAGGCUCGAGAGGUCGAAGCCUUUGUGGCGAAGGGCCCUGCGGCACCCUGGCGACUCAGUGCCUUGCACCAGCCAUCGGGGACUGGUUCGAUCGGAACCACGGCCGCAUUGCUGGACCCGGAGGCUUAUCGGCUCAAUCGAGAGAAGGCCACAGCACAGGCGGACAAAGAUUUGGAGGCCAUGAUCGAGGCAUACGUUGCAGAAAAGGAACAGAUACAACGUGCUGUUCACGAAGAGGUUCAGCGGCAAAAGGACGAGGAAGCUCACUUUGCUGCAGAGCUCCAGAGUUUGCGUGAGCACAUCAAGGAGCGACGUCACGGCAUCGACACCGCCCUGGCGGCCCAGAGUUCCGAGAAGGAUCAGCGUUUGCUUGAGGCCCAGCGGCAGCUCACCUUGGAAUUGCGGCAGAUCGAGUCCCAGGAGCGCAGCAACCAGGAGCGCUUGCUGGCAUGGGUCCAAAGGGUCCUAAAGCCGCUUCUUUGCAUGAAGUCUUUUGAUGCCUUCGCGAGACCGGUACAAGAGUUCCAAGUGAAGACGGCAGUAGGAGGUUACAUCUCCAUCGGAUCUAUCUGCUUAGUAGCUGCGCUUUUCCUUUCUGAGCUGCGCUACUUCUUGACGCUGGAGACAAAGGAUGAAAUGCUAAUUGACCAGAGCCAGGAGCGAAAGUAUUUGAACAUGUCCUUGGACGUUACCUUUUCUUCCUUGCCGUGCUCGGUGUUGGCUGUAAAUCUUCUGGACCCUAAGCAGAACAACGUAAUGCAUGUCGCACAUGAAAUUUUCAAGGAGCGGUUGACAUCAACAGGAGAAGUUAUUGGCAAGCCCAUCCGCGACGGUCUCCAAAACGUGGCCAUGACGCCCGCAGACUUGGCGACGGUCUUCCGAGACCAGCAGGCCAAAGCGAAUCACUCUUCCACACGCUUCCGGUGUCCCUCGUGCUUUCAGAGCCUAUUCGAUGAGGAUUCCUGCUGUAAUUCCUGCAAAGAGGUUCGGGAGGCUUUUCUGAAUCAUGGAUGGGACGACCGACCCGAUGAUUAUAUAUUUGCUCAGUGCAUAGAUGAGGCAUACCAGCGGACAGCUGCACAGAUAGGAGAAGGCUGUCGUGUGAAGGCAAACCUGCACGUUCGCAAAGUCCCUGCCACGCUGCACGUCGGCAUAAGCCAACGCAUCAGACGAGAUCUGGUACGUGCGACCAGUGUGGCGGAGCUGACAGUUGGUGCCGAUUUCACGCACCACAUCCACAACCUUACCUUCGGCCCGGACUUUCCAGGCCUGGUUCGGGUGCUCGACGGCAGACAUAAGUCGAGCCAUCAGCCACCUUUGUCCGAGCACUAUCAGUACGAUGUCCAUGUCAUACCGACUCGAUACCUCGAGGAUGGGUCUGAGGAGAUUGCGGGGCACCAGUAUAGUGUCACGGAGUAUGUGAAAGCCGUCGAUGCGACACAUCCUGGCCACGAAGUUGCGACGACAGGGAUUUGGAUGAGCUAUGAUUUCACCCCGUUUGAGGUUCGUGUUACCAGCAGCCGGCUGGUCAAGCAGCUUAGGCGACGUAAUAUCGAGUUGGCAUUCUCGGGAAUGUUGGACGGUUUUGCCCAUCAGAUCCACAAGUCGCUCGAGAAUGGAUCGCGGCAAGAGGUUCUCAAGACCGAAGAAGUGGACAGGUCCGAGCCGGAUCAGUGGCGUGAUGUCGGCGCCGAAAACUCGCUUGCUCGAAGAUACCGUGCCGGGACGACGUUCCUGGAAGCAGAUGUCGUUGGCUUCGGGAUUCCAGUUGCGCAGUGGACCUUCUGUCUCCAGGCCCAGGCAGCCGCUUGUGCAAAGCAGCAGCUCGAUCUUCGGCUCGCGAAGGUCCGCACAGACUGCCGCGAGAUGCUUCGCUCUACGGCGAUGCAGUGGGAGAGGGCUGUUAUGCGGGAGCGGCAGGCCUUGCAGGAGGCGAAAGAGCGCCGUGAACACUGGCAAAAGCGGUUGAAAUCCUCCAAAGAUGCCUUCCGAGGCCACUGCGUCAAGACCGGAGUGUAUGCGCGCACCCUGGAUUCGACUCGACGCCGCAUUCUGGACUCCCUGGUGCCCAGGGGGAAGGCUGUUCCUCAUAGUGAACUGGCGAAAUCGUUUCACGUCCGUCUCACUAUCACAAGCGAGAAACAGAAAGCGGCACGGAGGAAGCUGAAAGCGCCGGUGUCGCGGUACGAGCUUCGAGUCUUCUGGCGGCGACUUGAUGAAGACAACAGCGGGCAAGCAUCCGUGGAGGAGUUUGGGCGGCUCAUGUACAAGAUCGAACUUAGCCAAUGGCCGGAUCUGACCGAUGAUGAAAUUUGGCGAGUGGUUGGCGUGCUGAACCAGGCAGCUCACAAGUGGCACCGCGCGGGUGGCAAUUGGUUCAAGAUCUUCAACCAGAUCGAUGCAGAUGGAAGUGGCAAUCUCUCUUUCGAUGAACUGGUACAAUGUGUCCGUGGAACCUAUCCUUGCCUGAGAGUACCGACCCGUGAUGUGAAAGAGCGCGAGUUGCAGGGACUUUGGAAGGCCUUGGACGACACGGGCAGCAUCGAGGUCCCUGUGCACCGGUUCAUGGUGUUCAUGCGAAGAUGGAGCGCCGAUGCUAGCUUCAAAGAACAAAAGCAAAGAGCCCCGGCCAAGUCCUCGUUGCCGCCCGUGUCCGAGCGGUCCGGCGCGGAGGUGCGUGGGGUGGCUCAGGCCUUGGAGCGAGCAUUGUCAUCCUACUACAUCGACAAGGGCUACCUCAGUGUCGCCAGUGCAUGUGAGGCAGCAGCGUGGCAGGGUGGUGCCAAAGUCAAUGCUCCAGCCUUGGAUUUCAAUUGA